ACAUAACUAGCAUAACAAACGUGAAACAUGUGUGCCUGUCAUAAUAUUAAUCUAGAUUCGAUUAUGGAGAGCCAGAGUCCAGCAGCUCGGGAACUGGAGUGUGAAAUAUCUGAUCUUAGUUCAAUGUUUUCCAGUGUGACAGAGGAAAAGGAGGAGGAGGAGAAGGACAGGACAGCUCCGCCUUCACCUUGUCACGGAAUUCACAAGGGAGAAUUACAGGACGUCAGAUCCUGAAAAAACACAUCCUAAUCCAUUUACUAACAUCAGCGACUUGCGUGUGUUUUAUAUAAUUCAUGUGUGAUUGCUAUAUUGGACGAGUUUUGUUUCCAAGGGCAUUUAUACGUAUUUAUUACCAAUGUGCAACUUUUACACUUCAUUCGCCUGAAAUUGCUGCAGGACACGCUGAUCUCGCGCUGGCGACUCCCUGAUUUACACUGUUUCAUGUGUGUUUCUGUUUGUGAUUCUCAUCAACUCAGGAAUUAUGGGAUGCUGCGGCAGCACACAGAAGACACGCGACUGGAAACCCUUAGAGCAGAGGAAGUGCACAGAUAUCCCAUGGCUGCUCCUGUUCAUCCUCUUCAAUAUCGGCAUGCUCUGCAUCUGUGGCUUCGCCAUAGCAACAGGGGCCGCCUCAAGACUCAUAUCAGGGUACGACAGCUACGGGAACACCUGCGGUCAGAAGAAUGCCAAAAUCCCAGAAAUAGAGCUCAGCGGCUGGGACCACACCUCCAGAAAGUAUGUGUUUUUCCUGGAUCCCUGCAAGAUCGACUUAAUGAAAAGGAAGAUUAAAUCCGUGGCUUUGUGCGUCUCAAAGUGCCCAGAGACUGAGCUGCAGUCUUACGAGGAUCUCACAAAGUUCUCAACCGUUAAUGGAUCUGAUUUAUGCACCUAUGACUUACAACCAGACACAUAUUCAUCUCACCCUAAUAGAGCUACAAAAUGUCCAACACUUCCUGUCCAUCGAAGCGCAUCUUUACCAGUGUUUCACCGCUGUAUGCCCGUUGACAUUUCCUGCUUUGCCGAGUUUGCGGAGGCAUUCAUCACUUUCGUCAGCGACAACAGCGUGGUGCACCGGGUCAUCGCUGGAGUGAUGACAUCCAAAGAGAUCAUCAUGGGCCUGUGUCUGCUAGCCCUCGUUCUGUCUCUGAUUCUGAUGGUUGUGAUCCGCUACAUAUCCGUGCUUUUGGUCUGGAUUCUUACAGCUGUUGUGGUGGUCGGGUCAAUUGGUGGAGCUGGUAUUUUGUGGUGGCUGUACGUGGAUCAAAGGAAAGCAGUGAAUGCCACUCUACCGGCUCAUGAACUGGAGGUGGCCAAAGACAACCAACAAGCCCUGCUCAUCUACGCCAUCGCUGCCACUGUUUUCACGGUGAUUCUGCUCCUGCUGAUGUUCUUCAUGAGGAAGCGUGUGGCACUCACUAUCGCUCUGUUCCAUGUGGCUGGGAAAGUGUUCACCCAUCUGCCCCUGCUAGCCCUGCAGCCUUUCUGGACCUUCCUCACGCUCAUGCUCUUCUGGGUUUACUGGAUCACCGUGCUCCUCUUCCUCGGAACCGCAGGAAGUCCAGUGAAGAAUAACCAGACGGGUCUGGUGGAGUUUCAUAUGGACGGGCCGCUGCAGUACAUGGUGUGGUACCACGCCGUGGGUCUCAUCUGGAUCAGUGAGUUCAUCCUCGCCUGUCAGCAGAUGACCAUAGCUGGCGCUGUGGUCACAUACUACUUCACCAGAGAUAAGUCUCAGCUGCCCUUCACGCCCAUAGUGUCGUCUGUCCUGCGUCUGAUGCGCUAUCAUUUGGGUACCGUAGCUAAAGGAGCCUUCAUCAUCACUCUAGUGGAGAUUCCUCGCCUCAUCCUCACCUACAUCCACAGUCAGCUCAAAGGAAAAGAAAACGCCUGUGCCCGCUGCAUGCUGAAGGCGUGUAUCUGCUGUCUAUGGUGUCUAGAAAAGUGCCUCACUUACCUGAACUUGAACGCAUAUACGGCAACGGCCAUUAACAGCACCAACUUCUGCACAUCUGCACGAGAUGCUUUCCUCAUCCUUGUGGAAAAUGCUCUCCGUGUGGCAGCUAUCAACAGUGUCGGGGACUUUGUCCUGUUUUUGGGAAAGGUGUUGAUCGUGUCAUGCACGGCGUUUGCGGGCGUCCUUUCGUUGAACUAUCAGCGCGAGUACACCGUCUGGGUGCUGCCGCUCAUCAUCGUGUGUGUGUUCGCCUUCCUGGUGGCCCACUGUUUCCUCUCCAUCUAUGAGAUCGUAGUAGACGUACUCUUCCUCUGCUUCGCCAUCGACACCAAGUACAACGAUGGCAGCCCGGGCAGGGAGUACUACAUGGACAAGACCCUUAUGGAGUUUGUAGAGAACGCCAGGAAAGCGACAGAGAAGUACAGCAAAGCAGAAGGAGACAGUCGGGAAAUGAAAUCAAUGACUGGAGGUACACUGGCUUGAUGAAAACCUGCGUGGUGUUACAUCAUCCGACACUCCAAAAAAGUGCUAUUGAGAUGCACAAAAGCUUCUCUUCAGGGAUUAUAAUGUGACAGACAUCUGUCAUCACAACUUAAAGGGCAUUUUACAUUAGAAAAGCUCUAGGACAGUGAGCUGCGUACAUGCACAAGAAUCAACACGACAAGCUGGAAGAUGUCGUCUGCACGCUAAUAUUUCUGCUCCUAAAUUUCCUUUCAAAAAACUUGCCUACAUUUUUAUUUGUUUUAUUAAGAUUAAAUUUGAUACAGAAGUUAUCACCUAGCAAUAGCCGCAUUAGUAUUCUAGAUAUUUUGGUUUAAAAUAAAGCAAAUAAUUUAAGGGUUUUAGUCUGUAAAAUCCUAGUUAUCUAGCUAAAAGGUGCUUUUUGUAUUUUAUCUUGUUUAUAUCAUUUGACUUUGAAAGAUGCACUUCCGUAACAGAUGUGAAAUACACUACUGUCUGCAGAAGCUUAAACUGUCGAUGUUUUUCUAUGCAAGCAAUAAUAUUGGAUCUUCUCAAGUAGUUUCAGAUCGUUUGAGGUUCAGAGUCGGUCCUCCAGUGUCCUAUUUUAAUAUUAUAUAAUAGAGUAGUUCCAGCUUAUAUUUGCACUGUUUUAUUUUGUGCAGCAUUAUGUUACAAGCAAAUAUAUUAUACGAGACUCUCAACUUCUAAAUCAACAGCAUAACAAUGAUUGUCAUUUCCCUCGUGCCAAUUAGCUAAAGUGUGUAAUUUAUACACCAAUAGCAACAAACACCAAAUGGAACUGCAGUCUGUUUGUUUGAGGAGCCUGAUUCGGCAACAUUGGCCGGUUGAACCGGACAGCUUCUUUAUCCCAGCAAUCAAUGAAUUACUUGAAAAGAGUUAUAUGUGCAAUUCCAUUUGAUGCCAAAAUUACACACCGCAGCUUCCAUCAAGUGCUUUAGUGUGAAAGAAGACAAUUUACUUUUAACUACCAUGUUUAGACACUCCAUUCAAUAAAAACCAAAGAGACUUGCAAAA